AUGGCACUCCGGCGUUUUAUACAAUGCAUUGAAACUGAUCCAGCCCCCAAAAACCACCAAUCACUCGGCAAAGGACGAUGGUCAAACAGAGAUCUCGAGCCGACGUACCCUGAAGAGCGCACCUGGACUUGGUACAACCUCCCCCUCUUCUGGUUCUCAGUGGCGUUUGGUGCCACAGGGUGGAAUGUUGCUGCGAGUUUGGUUGCGACGGGAUUGGCCUGGAACCAAGCUUUUAUCGCCUGCUGUCUUGGCUCGUUUAUAGCAGCGUUAGGUGUAAUCGGUAUGGCACGUCCAGGUGCUACGUAUCAUGUAGGCUUUCCCAUUCUCGCGCGCUCCACAUUUGGCCUCUACGGCUCCUACUUUUUCGUCUUCAUCCGCGCAGUCGUAUGCAUCGUCUGGUACGGGAUCCAGAGCAUGUACGGCGCAAAUCUUUUGUCCGUAAUGCUCCGGUGCAUGUUCGGACACAAGUGGACGGAGUUCGCGAACGCGCUGCCCGCGUCUGCAGAUGUUACCUCUCAGCAGCUGCUGUGUUUCUUCCUCGUGUGGUUGGCCGAGUUGCCGUUCUGCUUCAUCCACCCCACCAAAAUCCACUGGUUGUUCAGCCUGAAAGGCGUGGUGAUGCCCUUUGUCACAUUCGGGCUCUUCGGAUGGUGCGUGGCACAUGGGGCAGGGAUCUCCAGUAUCCACCUCGCUUCUAGCACGGCUCCCUCAGGCGCGAAUUUAGGGUGGGCUGUCAUGGACGGGAUCAAUGUGAUCAUGGGCUCGUUGAGUCCGAUGCUCGUGAACCAGCCAGAUCUUGCGCGCUAUUGUCGCAAGCCGAGAGACGCGGGGUGGCCGCAGGGUGCCGCGGUGUUCGUGUCCAAGGUUGUCGUCUUCUUUUUGGGGCUGGCGAGUACAGCCAGUAUCCAGGGGAAGUGGGGGACUGCAUACUGGAAUAUCUGGGAUCUCCUCUCCGCGAUCCUUGACCACGCGUGGACGCCGGGCUCCCGCUGCGCAGUAUGGAUAGUCGCAUUUAGUUUCCUCGUGAGCCAAUUUGGGACGAACUUUGGCGGGAACUCGAUUCCUUUCGGCGCAGAUAUGACGGGUCUCUUCCCGCGGUUCCUGACUAUUCGACGCGGCCAGGUGCUAUGCGCUAUCCUCGGCGUCUGCGUCGUGCCGUGGAAGCUUCUUGCCAGUGCGGGUGCUUUCUUGAGUUUCUUGGGAAGCUAUAACAUUUUUAUGGCGCCGCUUUGUGCUAUAAUAAUGACGGACUACGUCUCUCGCAACGGCAACAUCCACGUUGCCUCAUUGUACAAUGGCACGAAAUCAGGUCUGUACUGGUUCUGGUCUGGGAUCAAUUAUCUCGCUGUGUUUGCAUGGAUGGCUGGCGUUGCGCUCGGCCUACCCGGCCUGGUAGGCGAAUACCAGCCUGAAGCCGUGAAUGCAGCCGCAAAGAAUAUGUUUAAGAUGGGCUGGAUUCUCACCUUUGUGGCUGCGGGGUUCGUGUAUGCGGUUCUUUUCAGGAUCGGUGGGCUCAGGAAAAAAGUUUACCUGGAGGGAUAUGGUGUCAACAAUAAAGGAUGGGAGUAUCUGGCCAAGGAAGAGAGAGAUUGGGUGCUUGACGGAGAGAGGGAGGUUGUCGAGGAAGUGGUGGUAUCGGAGGGGCCGAAGGGGGUGCAUGAGAUGGAGAAAGGCGAUAAGAUCAGUGUUUGA